AUGCACGACACCUACUCCCAGAUCGUCCUUCCCUUUGCUUCGUCGCCAGAGUUGUUUGAGCAGUAUAUGAACGCGUCUGGCGGGUUGCGCACUGGUAUGCUCAUGGAGCACCUUGACUCGCUUGCUGGGUCAAUUGCAUAUAAGCACAUGCUCGGCCCGAGCGUGGAAACUUUGGGUCGCCUGCAAGAGAGAGGGUUUUACAUUGUCACGGCUUCUGUCGAGAGGUGGGUUCAUGCGGGUAGGCUAGAUAUGCUUGCCUCCCUCUAUCCUGUCAGGGACACUCGUCUUAGUGGUCAAGUAAUAUACACUGGUAAAAGUUCCAUGGAAGUCGCCGUCAAAAUGGAGGCGCUUAGUCCAGAUGGAGGAGAGGAGACACUGAUGCUUGGCCGAUUCUCCAUGGUUUGCAGAAACGCUCGCACGCACAAGGCACAUCCAGUCGUCCCGCUGAUAAUCAGAACUCCGGAGGAAGAAGCGCUUUAUAAGAUAGGUGAAAGCUCGAAAGAUCGGAGGAAAUACGCUGCCCUUCAAGCACUGUCACGUGUCCCGCCAAGCUCAGCUGAAGCAGCGGAGUUGCACACGACAUAUCUAAAGUGUGGCCAAGAAGACGAUUCUUUGGUGCGAGGUGACAGGGUGUGGAUGGGGGACACCUUGUUGGAAAAAACAAUGCUAAUGUUCCCCCAAGAACGCAACGUUCACCAGAAAGUGUUCGGAGGAUAUCUCAUGCGCCUCGCAUAUGAGCUCGGUUUUGCAAAUGCCUGCUUCUUCAUGCGUUCACACGUCACUUUCCACUCGUUGGAUGGGAUCUCGUUCACGCAACCUGUUCCCAUCGGGUCAAUUCUGCGCCUACGGUCGCAAAUCCUCCACACAAGCCUACCGGGGGAAAUUCCAGCUACUGUGCAUGUCCGCGUCGUAGCUAGUGUGGUCAAUGUGCAAACAGGGCAUGAGGAAACUACGAAUGAUUUCCGGUUUACAUGGGCCCGGGACGAUGGCAAGUCGACGCCGAGAAUUAUCGUUCCGAAAACAUACCAAGAGGCAAUGUUGUGGCUGGAGGGUAAGAGAGCACUGGAGUUGGGUGCACAGAUCAGGGGAAAGAGGAUUCGGACACUAGAAGGCGAACAACGAUCAUGAACUAAGUUGGAGUUUGGCGCGGGGUACAAUGUUCCUCCGCCACAGGUAACAUUCAUUUACUGGGUGGAGAUGUGUUGAAAAUGUACUAACUUCCAGCGAGAAGUAAAUAUGUUCAGAUUGUUAUUUAUAUGGGCUGUUAAACACAACCGUAGCUGUAUGGAAGUCAUAGUACGUUGAAGUCUUGGCGGGGUGCGGUUAGCAACUCCACGAAGUCCUG